UUGAGCUUCUUCAAAUUUUUCUUGUAGCAAUGGAAUCGGUUAAUAGUUUGGUAAUGCCAGAUUAUUUGAGCGAUGCAAACUCUGUUGCUGAGAUCAACUCCCCAAUGCUGAAUAUUGACACUUCUAGCACACCCAAAAAGAGGAAAACCUUCUCUCGAGAUGGUUUUUUGUUUAUCCCUGAAUGUACCGAGGAAAUGAAGCCAAAAAUAGGAAUGUUGUUUGAAGAGAUUUCGUCCGCGGAGAAGUUUUACAAGCAAUAUGCUCACCAUGUUGGAUUUUCUGUCCGCCGUGCGCAACAAUUGAUAGUGAAGGAAGUACUUCAGUGGAAGCGCUUCAAAUGCGCAAGGGAAGGUUACCGGUCAAGCAAAGAUGUACGUCAAACGAGAUUCUGAUGGAAAAUAUAAGAUAGUCUCAUUUAUUGAGCAGCACAACCAUGAACUAGUGUCACCUAGCAAGCAACACUUGAUCAGAUCAAACCGACAAGUCAAUGAAAAGGCAAAGAGAGUAUUAUAUGAUUGCCACAAAGCUAGCAUAGGCCCUUGCAAAG